CCUCCUCUCCACUGAAUUUCUCUGACGGUCGUUUCGUUGCUGAAGGGGUGAAGUGUUAGUUGAUAUUUACUAAGAAGGCUACUUGGAAACAUUUCAAAGAAAAUUAUAAAGAAUGAGAAUAGAAGCGUGUUAUUUUUGUUCGUCAAGAAUAUUUCCAGGACACGGCAUUCAGUUUGUCAGGAAUGAUUGCAAGAUUUUCAAGUUUUGUAGAUCAAAAUGUCAUGCAGCUUUUAAGAAGAAGAAAAAUCCAAGGAAAGUCAGAUGGACUAAGGCAUACAGGAAAACUGUUGGAAAAGAACUGGCUGUUGAUCCUGCAUUUGAAUUCGAGAAAAGGAGAAAUGUGCCCAUGAAAUACGAUAGAGAAGUUUGGCAAAAGACAAUCGAGGCUAUGAAGAAAGUAGAGACAAUCAAGAACAAGCGACAAGCAGCAUACAUGAUGGAGCGGCUACGCAAAGGCAAGCAGAUUGAAGACCGCAGGGACAUCAGAGAAGUACAACGGGACCUCUCUCUCAUCCGAGCACCACAUGCAGGAAAAGAAAAACAGAAGUUGGAAGAAGCUAUUGUAGAAGAAAUCCAUGAAUCAGAUGUCGAAAUGGAUGUUGAAGAGGUGGAUGUCAAAGGAGCGUGAUGUUAAAUUUUAAUGUUUUGAGAUGUUUUGUUUUAAUUUAAAGGUGUUUAACUAUA